UCCCCUUCCUCUGAACCCUAUUCCUUCUUCCAUCUCUGCACUCAUUCCAACAGAACUCUUGCCCUAAAAACUCAGAUUUCUAAAAAUGGUCUAUUCCACUACAACUCUUAAACUCAGAAAAUAUAUACGAUCUGGGUUCAGGUCGUGCUGAAGUAUUGUCACUCAAUGGUGCGGACAGGCUAGACUUUGAAGGGCCUUACUGUUUGUCUUCUUGAGAAUCACUCGUUAUUAUGAAAUAGAGAAACUCUAUACCUCAGAUAUGGACGAAAUUAUUGUUUAGAGCCUAACUCAGGGAGAAUGGGUUUUAUGUAUAUUUCAGUUCUUACGUUGAUUGAGUUUAAAGAAAUUAUCAUAUUUCUCAUUGCAAUAUUCUUAUGCAGAAUUUUGUUUGCAAAGUCUUUUUAGCAAGUAUAUAAAAUAAUCACCUCCAGCAUCUAAACAAAGAAAUACCUAACUUCGACGCCGAUGCGGUACCGCUAAAACAUUUCCAACCCCUUAAAAACUAAAAUCUUCUAAAUAACUCUAUGAGACUAUAUUCAAACGCUAUUCCAUAAAUUUUCCAACAAGAGCUUCUAAAUUCUUUCCCGCCUAUUUGUAGGUUCUUUUUGAUUGCACACUAACACUUUGGAUGAGUCUCUAUUUGCAGAUUCCCAAAAAAACUACCAAGGGCUUACACACUUCCUUAUUUCCAAUUGAAACCCCUACUAAUUAAAGCCCAAAAUUGAAUUUUGCUCUCUCCCUUCUUCCUGAAAUCCUAUUGCUUCAGACUUUAAUGGAACCUCUUAGGUCAAUAGGAGCCCUUGGUAGUCUCAAAAGCUGUAAGAAGCCGAGUGUCAGGCUGACUAGAAGUCUUUCAAUAAAUAACUAAAUAGAGCGGGAUAAGGUGUUUAAAACUAAUUCUGAACUAUUCUGUGGGGAAUCUUAGUGUGUUGUGAAACUAGGUUACGCAGGGAAAGACUGAAGGCAACGUUUUGAGGGGAGAUUAGGGGUCGGAGUGGGCAAAGCAGGUGGAUAGGAGUCGUUUUGGUCGAGAGAGAGGCUGAGAGGGUGCUAAGAGGGGCUAAUAUGGAUGGUUCCUAUUCUGAAAAUUGAGGAAUCAUAAAUUGUUAGUGUUCUAUGUGCAGAUCUAUAAUUUGUAGCUUUCAGGUUUACAAAAACUUAGGGAAAUUAUAAGAAAUUUAUGUUGUUGUGCUUCUAUUUUCUAAAAGUUAUAAAAUAUGAAAUAUUAUGCUAGAUGUUUCACCCAACUUUUAACAAUCAUCCUGGUGCCCAAUCAUGGUAAAAGCUUAUGUUCAAAAAAAGGGCAGUUAUAUAAACUUUUAUAUAGGAAACUGAAAGUUCAUUCGUCAUAUUAGUUUCAUUCUAGAUCUUCCAAAGUUAUUGUUCUUUGUUUAUUAUAACUAACACUAUUACUCUGCUACUAAUCUUCCACUAAAUUAUUCACAACCCCAACCACACAAUUUCCCCAAAAAAAUCAAUCCAUUAUCCCCUACUCCAAAAUCCCAAGAUCUCAGUCCCCAAAACCAAUGAACCCUCGCCUCCUUCACUCUUCCUGACCCACCCCUGUCCCCACUAGCCCAUUGGUCUGCACUCAGACUCCAAGCCUUCCUCUAAACCCUUCUAUAAAUCCCUUCAGAAUUUAUGACUCAUAAGUCCUCCUCUUCUCUUCCUCUCAAUGCAAUGUCCGAACUGACCAUAGACAAUGAGGCAGAAGGAUGGGCUUCUGGGAAAGCGAGAAGAAGAUGGGAUGCACGAAAGGGUCUCCCAGAGACAAGAAAUAGGUAUGGUGCCUGUCUUUUUAUUUUAUUAUGUUACGAAGAUGCAUAGAAAUUGAGGAAAGUUAUUACAAUAUGCAUACAAACUCUGAUUUUGGAUACUAUCGCCUGGUUUAGAAAUAUUGAAGGCUAGAUCAUACAAAUGAAAACAAGUAAUAUACUGAUUUAUUGUCUCUCAUUUGAAAACCUCUAUAAACUCCUAAUAUGCACUUUCAUAAGCACUAUAAAAACUUUAGAAUCCUAAUUAAAUAUAAAAAUCCAUACUUAUUUUAACCAAGUAAAAACAAUUUGGAAGAAAUUCGCAUAAGAAUGGUCAGGAAGUCUAACUUAUACAUUAUAUUAACCAAAAGAUCUCCAAAUGCUCAACAACAUUUUCGAAGGUUAUUAUUUCUCCAAACAAGAGAAGGGUGAAUCCUCUAGAGUUAUGAAAAAAUAAUUAGCUACGACUUA